GAUAGUCUUCUACCUCUUAUAAGCACAAGCCAGCACUGACGAGCAGUGCUGCACAACGCUGCAUCAUCUUAGAACAAAUGUAUACAACAUAAUUUUUUGCGUAAAUUUGUAAACAUUAAAAAAUGGACCUAUACGAUGAUAUAGACGCCAAGCCGCGUGCUAGCCAGGUAGAUGGCUGGUCAUCGGGCAUCAAGAUGUUGCAGACACAGCUGGCCGUAAAAAAAGCACAGUUACCCAAACCCCAUAUAAGGGAUCAGAUAAAAAAACCGUUAAUGACUCCGGUUGUAAAUCUGCGCGCUAAACGUCCGGCAGAUCAUGAAAACUUUGCGCCAAUGUCGCUGGCCGUCAAGCCCAUAACCACGAGCACAACACUAGCGCCAGCACCUGUGCUGGAGAGCAUUAAGACAGACGGUUGGGACUUUGUGGACGAGUAUGAUCCGCAGUGGCCCAAUGAGUAUGAGAAACUAAGAGAAAAGGAUAAACCUAAGGGUCAUGACAAGUCACGGCAGCGAGAGGAGCGUGAUAGGGAUAGAGAUCGAGAACCGCAAAACCGCGACCGCGACCGCAAAAGAAAUCGCAGUGGACGCCGCGAUACACACACUCAUGACAAUUCACCGCCUCCAGUGAAAUUCAGCGGCUUUAGCCAGCGACCAAGCGAAGAGGAUAAAUACAGCCCACCUCCAAUGGGAUCAAUAUCCAAGCAGAGCGGCGGCGCAGCAAUUGCACCACCACCCUCGCUCUCCAUUGAUAGCGGUAACAACAGUUCUUCGAAUGUCACUAUACCUUACUCUGCCAGCUCGGUGGCUGCUAAAAUUAUGGCAAAAUAUGGUUUCAAAGAUGGUCAGGGCUUGGGAAAAUCAGAGCAGGGCAUGUCGAUGGCAUUGCAAGUAGAGAAGACCUCAAAGCGCGGAGGUCGUAUUAUACAUGAGAACGAUGUAUUUUUGCCACCAGCAGCACCCUCUUCACCACCACCACCUACACCACCACCCCAGUUGCCCACUGUAAGCUCAACUCCAACUAAUUCCAGUCCACAAGCCUCAAGCACUGCUGUUAUUAUGCCGCCGCCUCCGCCUGUGCCCGCCGCACCCGCAGCUCCAGCAGCAGCCACUGAACCAAGCAUUACAGAAAUUAUGAAGACGCCAAGUAAGGUGGUGCUGCUACGCAACAUGGUUGGACCGGGCGACGUUGAUGAGGAUCUCGAGCCAGAAGUUAAGGAUGAAUGUAAUACAAAAUAUGGCGAUGUGAACAGUGUUAUUAUACAUGAGGCAUUUGGCACUGUACCCGAAGAUGCUGUCAAAAUAUUUGUCGAGUUCAAGCGUAUUGAGAGCGCCAUUAAAGCCGUUGUAGAUUUGAAUGGUCGAUUUUUUGGCGGACGGCAAGUGCGCGCUGGAUUUUACAAUUUUGAUAAAUUUAAGAGUUUUCAAUUAAACUAAGCUUACAAU